CAUGUGACUAAAGCCUCAAUUUAUUCCCAUAAUGCCUUAGAAAUUGAGAAUUUCAAAAAAUGGCGGCCACGGGAAAAGGCCGACUUUCCCACUUCAGAUCGAAAUUGGAGGAGCUUGACUGCCCAUAUCUAGGUGGUGUGGAAGAUUCGUGGAUAGAAGAACUGUUGUUUAAACCUGGAGAACCAAGGUUGAGACUUUUGCAGUGGGCAAUAGGAAAAAAUGACUCCAGAAUGCAAAAGCUGCUGUUUGCAUGUCACCUUAUAGGACUCUGUAAAAGUGAUGAUAUUGACCUUGUACAGGGUAACAAAUCUAAAAACAAACAAGCAGUGUUCUGGGAAAACCUGUUAGAUCUUGUUAGUAUUGUUGAGUCAUCAGGGCGGAUUAGUCAUUUUACCACCCCAGUGAGAACAGCCAGUUUACAGUCUGGAACUCACUUUUCUUUAGAAGAGCAAUUUAGAAGUGACUGCUACUUUUUUGAUGGUUUAUGUCGUCAAGAAGACCUUCAGAAUGUCUUUAGGUCAAAAGUUCAGCUUUAUCCUCCUGAUUUGAUGAAAACAACAUCUGGACUUGAGAACAAAAAAAUACCUGAUGAGAAGCAGUUGAUAUCAGUUACUGAAAAACUGGCAUGUGAAUUGGAAGAACAGAGCAAACAGCUGGAUGAGUUGAGAGAGAGUGCUCCAUUGUGUGAUGCUGAUACUGUUACAGUUGAGAAAGUGAGCAAGACAUUAUCACUGUCACUCACAACUAUGGCUCAAGUUGUGUCUGGAUUUCUUCAUUGCUUUGAGACUGAGAUGAAGCCAUGGUGUAAACGCCCAGCACCUGUCUUGUCAGAGGUUGGUCCAGCAUUCAGCAGAGUUCAUACUCUUUUAUCAAGAUACACAGAGCUCAUUCAAAACUUAGGAACAAUCAAGAGCUCAUACGGUAAAUUAUGCCAUGACAGUAAAGACAAAAUAUCUACAAGACAAAAAGACGAUACAGGGUUAAACCCUGCAGAAUUGAAAACUCUCCAGGGUUGUUUGGGUGUAUUGGAAGAAUCAUUACAGCGACUCGAAGAAGAAGGAAAGUGACUUGUGCUGGCCGUGUUUUAAAGAAGCAAUAAAAAGAGAAGAAGGUUACUUAGAUUCGGAUGGAGUAUCCAACAGUUUUCGGAUUGUUAUGAUGCAAAGAGAAACAAACUUUUUCCUUCGCCUCGAUAAUCGCUCGGUGAAAACUGAUGGGAAUUGCUUGAAACAAAUGCUCUAAGGAAUUCUUGUUUACCAGGAAGAAAGUUCUUUGUCAUUCUAAGGGUAAGAUUUGUGGCGGAUAGUGUAUAUACUACAUGAAAAGGAUAUUUAGUGGUUUGUGGUGGAUGAACAUAAAAUGCGCUUAAAUUGAAAAUUGACCAAGCUUUAAAACCUAAACCUUGAAGGCCUUUUCUUCAGGCAUGGAUAAAAUUUCCCACCUCACGGGCACGGACAACGGCCAGAUGCCCGUGUGUUGUCCUGGAGGGGGGGUGUUGAAGCUUGGAAUUGAUCUGUGCAUUAAUGCAUGGAUCCAGAAUGCGUUUGAACUGCAUAGUACGAAGGUGACAUUUCCCACCGACUCGACUUGCUUAUUCCUUAUCAAUCGCCUUGUUUACUACCGAGCCUCUAAAACAGUUUUCAGGUUAUUUUUGCAUCCUUCGAACGCCUUUUAGAUUCUUUUCUUUAAAUUCCCAUUUACAGGGAAGUAGUAUUGAGGAGGGUUACUUGAGCUCUGAUGGAAGAAAAACAACUCCGUGUUUGUUUUUCCUUUGACAUUAAGUAUCUGAAUAUGAUCCUUAAGUCUUAAGCACAAAACAUUCUUUGAAAAUCACUUAUUAAGGAUUAUUCAGUCCUGAUGUUGUACAGAAUUGACUCGUAUUAUAAAACCUAUAACCUAUAACAAAAAAACUAUAACCGUUUA